AUGACUCUCCUUCUCCCCCGCGUGGCUGCGGAAUGCCCCGGCAAGAAGCAGUGGUAUACCUGCAGCAAGAACAACUUCCGUGGCUGCUGCUCCGUGGACCCGUGUAGUAGCGGCAUCUGUCCGGAUAGUGACAACACAGUUCAAACGACAUUGUCGACGCUGUCAACAGCGAAAGCGACAGUCCCGUCGGAUAGAGCCCCGGCUACGGGUGCGACCUCGCCGAUUGCAGGUAUCACGACGCUCCCGCCAACGAGCUCCCAGGGAAGUAUCACAAGCAGUAUAGCGUCGCGCAGUACUGCUCAGACUAUUGUAUCAUCGACCGAUACUCCGGCGGCAGGUUCUGGGGAUAAUCAUGGCGCAUUGAUCGGGGGCGUCGUGGGUGGGAUUCUGGCGCUGCUGCUGCUGAUCGCGCUCAUACUGCUCAUGGUCUAUCGGUCUCGCAGGAAGCGUGGCAAACAGUUCACCUUGCUGCGCUGGGGGCCUUCUGCAGAGAAAAUUGGGAAAGGUGCCUCGACCACAGGCAGAGACAUAGGACCCGCUCCCAGGGACAUAUCGCUUGACGUCCCCAAGUCCAAACCCACCUCAUCACGUCCAGCAUAUAUCCCCCAACUACUGCUGCCGGGGCCCAUCUCGAGCUCCACACCCCCGAGCAACCGACCACCAUCCCGCGCACCCAACCCCUAUAACCUACGCAUCCCCUCCGUCCGAUCCUCCCUGACAACACACCCAUCCACCCCCCCCUCCCCCGGCUACUCGACCCCCUCAAUCCCCAGCGUAAGCAGCCUCCGCCCAGCCCCGCUGAACCCGCACCGCGCCGACAUCACCCCCGAGCUCUCCGACACGGGCUUCUACCGCCAACGCGCAGAGCUAGCCGCCUACUCGCAAAGCGAGCUGAUCAACGUCCCCCCGGAACGACGCCGGAUGCCACCCCGCCCGGACCAGGAUCAGGAUCAGGAUCAGGACGCCGGCGACGGUGAUGGCAAUGGCACGCAGGCGCACCAGCCCGCCCGGCCGUCGAUCAUCACGCCCGACGGCGUGGUCCUGUGCGCGAACUUCGACCGCCGGCUUCCGAGGGAUGAUCCGUAUCCGCGCGACCGCGGGGCCGGCGACGGGCAGGUGCUGAGCUUUGUGAAUUAUCCGUCGAGGGAUUCAAUUCUGCCGGCGUAUCGGGAGGAGUGGAGGAAGAGUUAUGAGAGUGGGAAGGGGGUUUGA